AUAAGACUUAACAACAUGCACACUUCACAAAAACGAUCUACAUUUUUUAUGACCUUCACAGAUACAAUGAAGUUCUUAGUCAUCCUAGCCUUGGUAGCUCUGGUAGCAGCUCGUCCGGAAGAUAACUACGACCGAUAUGAAAACUUUGACGUGGAUGAACUGGUGUCCAAUCUACGCCUUCUAAAAUCUUAUGCAGCUUGUUUCCUUGGAGAAGGAAAAUGUACUGCCGAAGGCAAUGACUUCAAGAAAUGGAUACCGGAAGCUGUUCAAUCGAAUUGCGGCAAAUGUUCCGACCACCAGAAGCAUCUCGUCGGAAAGGUUAUCAAGGCCUGCAUAGAAAAACUUCCAGAAGAAUGGAAUAAACUAAACGCCAUCCACAAUCCAGAUGGAAAAUACGACGAGAACUUAAAGAUCUACCUGGAAAAAUACGGAAAUUAAGUAAUAUUAUAUUUAAGGCUUAAUUAGACAUUAAAUAAAAAUUAAAAAUAUAUAAGAAUAUAUUUUGAUGUGGAAUUAUA